CAAAUAUGACGAUAUCGCUGGUUUUUGUGUGAUUACUACCACAUUGGUAUGGUCAUAACGACACGGAUAAUACAAGAUUGUAAACAGGAGCAAACCACCCCCUGAAUCCGUCGAACCGAAACCACCUUUUUCACCGAUGGCCACCGUCCAUGAAAAGAUCCAAGUCGCGUUCGCGCGCAAUGCCGAGCUCGUCAGCACACUGAGAGAGACGGACCACGCGGAGCCGGACCUCGAGAACCACAACCGUUACAUCGCGGACCUGGACCGGCAGCUCCAGGAGUCGGUGCGGCGUACCGACCAGCUAGGCCGGGCGCGGGCCAAGGAACUCAAGGACCACGAGCGGUACCGCGACAGCGUCAUGCGACGCUUCAUCUUCAAGGCGGCGGGCCAGGGCGACAAGUUCGCGCGCCGCGCCGAGCGCGAGGAGCGCGAGUACUUUGAGGCGCUGCAGGAGUCGCACCGCGAGUCCGAGGCCCGCGCGGGCCUCGAGGCCAUGCUGCGCGACGCCCACGCCGCGCGCUCCGGGCUCGAGGACGCCGCCCGCCGCCACCGCUCCGCCCAGGCCGAGCUCGACGGCCUGUACGACGACAUCUUCCGCGGCCCGACCCCGGGGUUCCCCGAGGAGGACGCGCGCGAGCGGGAGGCGCACGAGGCCCUGCAGGCCUACCACGACACGCGGGUCCGGGCCGAGGGCGAGGCGCACGCGGGGCGGAUGCUGGCCGAGGCGCAGGCGCGGGCGCGCGACGCCGCGGCGCAGAUGGAGCGGGCACUGACGGCGUCGCGGCACGACAUCUUCGGCGGCGGGUCCUGGGCCGACGCCAUGGAGCGCAACGCGCUGCACCGGGCCGACGUGCUGGCGCGCGAGGCACGCACGCUGGCGCUCAACGCGCGCCUGGCCAGCCCGCUCGUCGACGCGGGUUCGCUGCCGCCGGUGAACGUGGCGCACGGCAGCAUCCUGUCCGACGUGCUGUUCGACAACAUCUUUACGGACCUGCAGUUCCACAACAAGAUCAAGGCCAGCAGGCUCGAGGUGCAGCGCCUGCGCGCCGCCGUGGACGGGCUGGCGGCCGACUGCAACGCGCGGAGGGCCCGGCUCGCCGCGGACCUGGAGGAGAAGGAGGUGCUGCUCGAGUCGACGCGGCUGGCGCUGCAGGAGACGAGGCAGAGGGUGUUUCAGCGCUACUCGGACGACAACGACACGGCGGCGCUGCCGGCUCCCCCGACACCUCCCAAGGACGCACCGCCGCCAUUUACCCCCUAAACGAGCUGGCUGAUCUGUUUGUUUUGUUAUGACGAAACGACGUUACGAAUGUGAUCUUGGGAGGGAUUUUUCUUUCCCCUUUGUGUUACGCUAUUAGGAACAGCGGAUUCUGCAAGAUACCAGUUUGAUUACAUGCUCAAGUCUAUCCUUUACCUACAUACCUACACAUGGCCCCUAAUCAGGUUUAUCUACUCCCUAAUCGCACUUACAGGCUUCUGCCGUCCACGAA